AUGGCAUCAAAUAGCACCGACGACAUGUUCACGAAGAAAAGAAAGGCUGAGGAACGAAAACUCAUUGAGGAGAUCCGUUACAAACGUUCAUGUAUCAGACUGCCCUCAAUGUUUCCAGCUGAAGAAGAAAUUCAGACGAAAAUCCGUAGACGCAACGUUCUACAAGUGUCGCUUAGAGCAGGUUCACCAAGCGAAGAAAGGAGAAAAUCCAAAGACUGGCAAGAGGACCCUACUUCGGGAAAUCAAGAUCCUGUAAGACAAAGGAAUGUCGGAGAGGAGGAAGUCGAAGAAGACCUCUUGGAUCUAUAUGACGAAUACGAACGAAGAGAGCAGAAGGAUGCAAGCGAAAGGGCUUCAACCUAUACCAACGAGAGCAUUUGA